UGACAGCAGAACAGAGGAAAUUGUUGUAAAUGAAAAUGACAAUGAGAACGCCCCCAAUUAUUAUUGGAAAAUUGUAAUAAAAGUGAGCUAACAUCAAAACAUACGUUAAUUUUACAGGCGGAUAUAGUAAUAUAGAUAAAUAUUCUAAAGAUAGUGGUAAGGUACGAUUGAAUAAUGUAUCAAGACAACGAAGAUGAUUGCAAAUUCGCUGCUUGCACUUAUUUUGCGAAGAACCAUCCGGGUGAAAUGUGUGGAAGCAAUGGUUUGCCGCUUACUCCAAGUUCUAUAACAAUAUUGGGACGAGCCCAACGUCUGUUGACGAUAGAACACCCUAAUUUGUGUACAUACCUUGACGUAAUCAGAGGUAAACAUGAACGAAUAAUAGUAGUAGCAGAAGUGAUAGGCAAGUCACUGAAAGAAUGCACAUCAAAGUUUUCAUUUCAAGAGAUUGUAAACAUUGCUAAGCAGGUAGCAAUAAGUAUGAAGUUCCUGCAUGACCAGGAUAUCAUACAUAGGACCCUGUCGGAUGAUAAUAUUCUCAUUGAUAAUGAGGGAAGAGUCAAAUUGUUUAAUUAUGGAUUGUAUUACAUGACUGGUGGUGGCAGUGAGGUGUCUUUUCCAUUAGGCCUACCAAGAUACCUAAGUCCAGAAACGAUACUAAACGGUGGUGGGCCCGCAGCUGAUGUUUGGAGCUACGGUAUCAUCCUCCUAGAACUUUCUAUCGGUAAACUAUGGAAUAAUUUAAAACCUGGCCCCAUACUGAGAAGAAUACUUACCCUGGUACAUGCUAACAACCCAGCGGAGAGGAUAGCCAGGGAACAUGACUGCUUUGAGCAGUAUAAACAAGUCCCAGAAAACUUGAGGAAUAUAAUAGAAAAAUGUCUCAAAAUAUAUCCCAGUGAAAGGGCAACAUUUUCCGAGUUGGUUGAAGAUUUAACACAGAUGGAUUCAAAAGAAUUGGUUGAAGUAAAAACUCCUCGCGGCCUGAUGGGCUGUAAGCUGCAAUACCUUUACCAUUUGUGGCAACUGGCUGGCGGUGAUAUUCAAGCGGAAUUAAAAAAGAAUUACCUCAUCAAAAAUAGCCCGCCUAUUUUGUCUAUGCCUAUAGCAAUACUCCUAGACGGCUGCACAAUAGGUGGUAAAACAGGCGCGUUAUUCGACAGAAGGCUAGCCAAGUACAGUUUAGACCUUCUGAAGUCCCGUCUCAGUCAUGUACCACCUCAAGACUUCUACCCACUGAUGCAUGAACGAAGAAAAGAGUAUGAUGCUGUUGCCUUACCGAAGAUUAUCAGGGAGAGAGAUACGGAAUACCAGUUCUAUAGGCUCCUAUGGUUCCAUCGGCUUUUACAUGGCUACCCAUACACAGCACCGUAUAUCAGAGCUGAAGCAGAGAUAGACAUACCGCCGCUAGUGCGAGGCGACGUGUGGGCAGCUUUACUAGGAGUAGUGGGGGACAUUGAGGACCAGUACGAGAGGAUUGACAAGGAGACGCCUACUCCUACUGAUAGACAAAUAGACGUGGACAUACCCCGUUGUCACCAAUACUGCUGGUUACUCUGCGGCUCGGCCGGUCACAAGACGUUGAAGAGGUUGCUCAAAGCGUGGCUACUGACCAACCCUCAGUAUGUAUACUGGCAAGGACUGGACUCGCUCACUGCACCGUUCCUGUAUCUGAAUUUCUGUAAUGAAGCCCGCGCCUUCGCCUGCCUCUCAGCCUUCGUACCGAAGUUUCUGCACAAGUUCUUCCUAAAGGACAACAGCGCUGUGAUCAAGGAGUAUUUGGCCAAGUUCUGGCAGAUGACUGCCUUCCACGAGCCGGAGCUGGCCACACAUCUACAUGAGAUCAACUUUGUACCAGAGCUGUUCGCUAUACCUUGGUUCCUUACUAUGUUUUCACACGUAUUUCCUCUGCACAAAAUAGUCCACUUAUGGGACGCAUUACUAGUGGAAGGUCCAGCUCUACCGUUAUUUAUGGGAGUGGGGAUACUGCGACAGCUCAGAGACACGCUACUAUCGUCCGGCUUCAAUGAGUGCAUCCUAUUGUUCUCCGACCUACCAGAGAUUGACAUCGGAGAGUGUGUCAAGGAAUCUAUAGAGAUGUGUCGAAGUUCUCCAAGGAGUGUCAGCUAUAGAAGAUUUACUAAUGAAGCUGAAGUCAAAGAUCCUAUGGACAUUGUGGAAAUCCCCAUGGAAGUGUUAUUCAAUGAAAUAAGUCCUAGGAUCAACUUAUCAGAUUUCUUCUCGCUGAUAUGCCAAGAUAAGUGUUGUGUCAUCGACAUUAGGUCUAAUUUACUUUACGAGAAAAGCUGCAUAGAUGGCAGUAUAAACGUGCCUUACAGUGGGGUCCACCUGGGCCAGCAUGAGCUGAGGGCUCUAGGGCUCCAUCCUCAAAGAGUUAUCCAAGAAGCCAUCAAACAGAAGAAGAUGGUCGUUGUCGCGUCUGCUGAAGAUGAGACUGCACAAUUGUUCAGCGACUACCUAGUCAAGUGCUGCGUUCCAAGAGUGUGUAUACUUCACGGAGGAAUAUCAGCUUUAUUGACACACGUUCCUUCACUCUUCACUGUUCCACCGAAAAGGAAUGGACAUAAGUGAAUGACGACACGGAGUAGAUACAAAAUGGAAUGCCAAGAUGUAGCGGGAUCUGGUAAAAUAAACCAAAAAUUGCAAUAUUAAAUAAAUUAUAGGAUUAGUAUAUACAGUAUGUUAACUAACAGAGGGCGUUCCUGUUAACCCGCAAUAGUAUAGCAUCCAUACAUGCUAAAAAAUAUAUGACCAUUCAAAAACAAAACAAUUACAUAUCUAUACAUAGUAUAAAACAAAGUCGCCCAUUUUGUCUGUAGUCCCUUCGUAUGCAUAAAACUUUAAAACUAAGCAACGGAUUUUGAUGCGGUUUUCACUAAUAGAAAGAGUAUUUUCUCCGACAGGUUUUUAUAUAUAAUUGAAAUACAUUGAAACUAUAUUAGCUGAGUUAUAGCGAUUUAUGUCCAAGAAGUCAGAAAAAAAUCUAAUUGAAGAUUGCAUUUGUGCGUGCGCCGCUUAUACCGUUGGAUACAAGUAAGAACAAUGUAUAGCAAAAACAUUGGUCUUUAUUAGUUCUACAAAAAAGUCCGCGAUGACAUAUAUCCAGCUUUUUUAUUUAAGUCACAAAAACUACUUUUCUGUAUUAAAAAAACAUUUAAUUCGUUGGGUGAUGUUUAACUGGUGAUAUAACCAAUAAUACAUAUAUCCUUAUCAUAAUAAGUAAGUUCAUCAUCACGAGCAUUUAAUUUAGAUUAUUUUUGCAGUUUACAGUGUGUUAUUUAGACAUAUAGUUUAGGAGAUAUCACGAUAUUAGUAUUGCGGCACGGUACGGGCCGGCCGCGGCGGCGGGGGCAGCGUCCCUAUAAAUAAUAUUAAAAAGUAGGUACUACGACUUUGAUCUAUACAUAUAAGACAAAAAAAAAUCUGUACAUUACUUAAAUAUUUUUUCCAAAAACUGAUAGGGGGGGCGAUCAAAGAAGAGUCACAGAAACCAAAAAACAUUUUAAUAUUUUAAACGCGGUUAAGGGAAAGAGAAGUUAUUGUGAAUUGAAAAUUAGUAUCCAAUAUGUGUUGGUGCGUUGACUGUAUUUGUCGAAGUAGCGGGAUACACGCAAACGAAGUUGCGCGGGUCAGCUAGUUAUUUUUAAAAUAUUAAAAUAUUCACCCAAUAUUUUAAAUCGAUACGUAAAAGAAACACUCUGUGCACGCGUAGUUGAAGGAAGGCAACGUUGCAAUUUAUUGCUUAUUUUUCUAUGCUGAUAAUUUUAUUUUUAUUUAUUAAUAUAGAUUAAUGAGUUUAAAGGAACGCCCUCUGUUAGUUAACAUACUGUAUAAAUACGUGUGUUGGGCCUAAAUGUAGCUCUUCUUUAGCGUAAGAAAUGUGUGGUUAUACACAGUGAUUCGUAAUUUUGUAUUAGCACUCUAUUGGUGUAUCUUGCGGUUUCUUUUUACGUAUUUUUUCUCCAGGAAAUUGUGACACAUGGGAUUAUACCUUUGCAUUGUUGUUUCUGAAUAAGUUUAAUGAAAUCGACAACCAUUUUCCGUGUACUAUAAAAAGUAACGUUUAACAUUCGAAAAUCUACAAGUCUGAUUGUAAGAAAAUAUUUUAGCUUCUGUAUUUAUGUAGUGGCAACAUUAUGAUCUGAAUGUAGUUUUAAGUAACUAGUGUUUCUUUUUUUGCUAUUUUUGUAUCAUUAACUUAAGAGUUAAGCAUGAAUUCGUUGAUUUGUAAACAAUGAGAUUUUAUAUACAUAGGUUAAUGUUCUAAUUUAAGAAUUAUUAUUUCAGUAUUUUUAAGCAUACUUAAUUGUGCAUUCCAUGUUCAUUUGAAUGUGUAUUUGAUUUGCUGAUGUUAUAUGAGGCCCCUUUUCCUCAUACAAAACUGAGUUAUCCAUUUAGUAUGUACCUAAUGUUUUCCUUAUCGUGGGUUAUGCAAUAAGUACCUAAUUAUAUAAAAAUAUCAAUGGAACAGAAUUGUAUAUAGCAAUAAUUAUAAUAUUAACGAAAUGGCUAUUUAUACACAAUGCGAUGUACUGCUACGAAUUUAUUUAAUAAACAUAUGAACGUUUA